CGCCCCGGCUCUUAAACAGCCCCACACCACAGCUCCACACUCCACAGUCCACGCCACAGCUCCAAGCCUCCAACACCACCCCUUCGGCGAUCACCGACGAGCGAGGGUGAGUCUCCAUCCCCUCCCCCUCCGUCUCGCCGUUCGCUCGACGGAUCUGUGCUUUUCUCGUCGAAAUCUUUCUUCUUCACCGCACGCUUGCUUGUUCACAGACCAUGGACGCCAAGAAGCCGAUCCCGGCUGCCGUCCAGCGGGCCAUGGACUGGGCGCUCGUCACUGCCUGCUUCCCGUUCGUCUCCUUGGCGUUCGCCUACGCGCUCGUCCGCUACGACGUCAGCUGCAGCGAGAACACGGAGGUGGGUGCCCUCUGGUUCGGGAUUCUGUGCUGCGCCGUGCUCCAGGCUGCCGCCGCGGCGCUGGCGCUGCUGCUCCCGUGCGGCCGCCGCGCCCUCGCCCACCUCGCGCUCGCGGUCACCAUCGUCGGCCACUACAUGUACGCCGUCGUCUUCCGCCUCCUCCUCGCCGCCGGCGCAGGAUUCCUCUUCAGCAAUAUCUUCGGCCCCGCGAGCAUCGUCCUCUUCGCGGGCGGCGACCUCGUCUACUUCCUGGGGCUCCUUCAGGGAGGUGGACUGAAUGACUGAUGAGCCGAUUAGUCCAUCUAGCUGCACCUGCAGAGGAUCAGCUCGUGAGGAGUUGAGGACUGGCUGAUGAUUAUGUGUGAAUCUAGUACGUACUAGUGUAGUUCAGUGUUAAUUGGACUGAUGAGUGAUGACUGAUGACUGAUGAGCAGGGCAGCUGAUUACUUCACCUGUACUAGUAGUGUAGUGUUAAUUUGUGUAAAUCAGCAUGCGCAGAACUGGAUCUUGUACUCUACUAGUUAGAAUAUAUGGUUACCCUGGAUUAGGGUCGUCUUCGAUGUAACAUCCACCUUAAUUUUAUAUGCAGUAUGAUGAUCAGACAUCCAGACAUCAGGACGUUAAUUAUAUCCAGCAUUCCAGCUUC